AUGGAGCUGAUUGGAUCCACUCUGACGGCCACCUACACUCGACCAAAAACCAGCCACUUCCUCCCGGCAAUUUCUACCAUGGCAUCCAGCUAUCGUAACACCCAGCCUGCCUUGGCCAUGAAUCCCAAUGCCAACCUGUGGAGAACCAACAGCUACUACAAGAACAGUGCAGUGGUCCCAGCCUCCUCUUCCAUACAACGAGAGAAUUUAGAUCUGUUUCGGGCCAAGACUAUGUUUUAUCCAUCUAACAGAACAGCUAUGGGCACCCGCUACAUGCCGGACGACUGGCACAAGUCCAACCAAAACAACUACAGGGAGUCUGAGUCAUCCCGAAAAAGUGCAGAGAGAUUGAGAAGAGACACUAUCAGGCUGAUACAAGAUAAAGAGCAGCUGACCAGGCGAACCCAGGAGAAUACCAGCAAGAACAUUGGGGAGAGGCUCAACGACAUUGUCUUCUGGAGGUCUGAGCUGAACCACGAGAUUGACAGCAUGGUGACAGAGAUAGCAGCUCUCACUGACGUCAAGAGGAGGCUGGAGAGAGCCUUAGCAGAGACCGAGGGGCCCCUUCAGGUGUCUCAAGAGUGUUUGUACCACAGAGAGAAGCGGAUGUCCAUCGAUCUGGUUCAUGACGAUGUAGAGAAAGACCUCAUAAAGGAAGUGGAAGUCAUCAAGUCAUGUCAGGAAAGGAUGAAGCGACAUCUGGACAGAGCCAUCGCUCAGCUGUCAUCAAACCGGGCAGCCCAGCAUGAACUGGAAAGAGAUUUGAGAGACAAAGUGACGGCGCAGAGGAUAGACGACAGGUGCCACCAUCUGAGGAACACAUCAGACGGUAUUGGCUAUUACAGAGGGAUCGAAAGACUAGACCCCUCAAUCUCUCUGCCGGACUCAUGGUCCAAGUUCACAGACGACAACAUCCUGCUGUCCCAGAGCGAACGAGCUGCCUCCCACAAGCUCAGGGACGAAAUAGAAAUCCUGCUCAACACCACAUCCAAUGAAAUGUGGAACCAGUUCAACAAUGUCAACGUAGCGUUCACCAACCGCGUAUCGGAGACGGCUGAUGCCAAGAACAGCCUGCAGAGCCACCUGGCUAAGACUUUGCAGGAGAUCUUCCAGACUGAGAUGCUGAUUGAGUCUCUGAAAAAGGCCCUGAGAGACAAAGAGAACCCACUGAAAGUUGCCCAAACCAGGCUGGAGGAGAGGACCCGCAGGCCAAACAUAGAGCUCUGCAGGGACAACCCACACCACAGACUUGUGAGUGAGGUGAGAGCGCUUGAGGACACCAUUCAGAAGCUUCAGGAGAGGCUGAUGGAGGCUGAGAACACUCUGCAGACUCUGGUUAAGACCAGAAUGACCCUGGAGCAUGACCUCUCGAUCAAGGCCAACUCACUCUUCUUGGACCAGGAGAAGUGCAUGAGUAUGCGCAAGAGCUUUCCCAGCAUGCCCCGUCUAGUGGGCUACACCUAA